GCACAAAAGAAGACAGCUUCAUUACUUACCUUGGACUACCUACAUUCAUGGAAUAUACAACAUUUUUUUCAUCCAUCCAAUCCGACCUCUGCAGCCCACUGCACCGGCCGUCCGGCACGAUCUGAAAUAAUGCAGCUCUCACAGCCUCUGUUUUAUCGCUCAAAAAUGAAUUGCACGUUUGUUUGAUUAUAAGCAGCGAACGAGGAGGAAAACGGGAACAUGAAAUGGAGAUCACUCGGGCCAGGCCGUCCUUGUAUGGAGAAAUCGCCCAUGGCCUUGGAUUCUGGACAGACCGGUCUGCGGUGCACGAGGCUGCAGCGCAGGGCAGAGCCCUCCAGCUGCAGCAACUGAUCGAAGCCGGUGCAGCUGUUAACAUUGUUGCCGUGGACUCCAUUACGCCCCUGCACGAGGCCUGUAUACAGGGUCAAACCCAGUGCGUCAGACUGCUGCUGGAUGCUGGUGCGCAGGUGGAUGCUCGCAACAUCGAUGGCAGCACUCCCCUGUGUGACGCCUGUGCGGCUGGUAGCCUGGAUUGUGUCAAACUCCUGUUGGAAUAUGGAGCAACUGUCAAUCCUCCACUGUUCACUUUCUCUCCUCUUCAUGAGGCUUGCAUGGGAGGCAACUCAAAGUGUGUUCAGCUCAUGAUUGAUCGAGGAGCUUUCAUGGAGGCUCAUGAUUGCCACUAUGGGACACCUCUUCAUGUGGCCUGUGCCAGGCAAUAUUACGACUGCGCCAAAGUCCUCCUUAUCGCAGGGGCUAAUGUGAAUGCGGCCAAGCUCCAUGAGACUGCCCUUCAUCAUGCAGCUAAAACGAGGAACACAGAUCUCAUAGAGCUGCUUGUCGAGUUUGGGGGAAACGUGUUCGCCCAAGAUAACCUCAACAAAAAGCCCAUCCACUACACCAGUGUGGGGUCUCCCUCCUUCCUCUGCCUUGAGUUCUACCAGAAUACCCCGCUCAGUCUGCAGCAGCUCAGCAGGGUGGCUUUCAGGAGGACUUUCGGCACGAGAGCGUGUGAAGCUGUUUCCAAGCUGGGCUUACCCACGCGCAUCAUAAGCUUUCUCUCUUACAUACCGCCUCCUGUCAUCGAAAUUUAAUCACAUUGGACCAUCU